CUUGAACAACCAACGUGCCAAACGCAUUGCAUUGUGGGAAACGUGUCCGCACGUUGACAUUGGGGAUACAGAGCCAGCGAUUUCAAGGACCAAGGUAGGUGAUUUGAUGUUGAAAAUUGUUCUUAUGAUGUUUUAUGUUGAUCAGAUUGGUAAAAAUAUACAGUGAGGAAACAUCCGAUGGUGUGAUACGCUUUGUUUUCAGUACAUCUCUGUUUCUAAACACAUCAUUGAAAUAUUGCUAGAUAGCAGCUAAUGCUAGCUUGUUAUGUGGCUGAGUUACACAAUUUAUUUUGUAACAAGUUCUGUUUUUUCUAUUUAGCGACAUAACUGCCUUUUCUGGCGUAGUUAGAGCCUUUGUCCAGACUAGCUGGCAUUUAUGAGACAUAACAAGAGCUGCUAGUAAACUAACGUUACUGUACUAUCAAGAAGUUAAGCUGUAUUUUGGCUAACUAGACUAGACUGAUUCAGCUAGCUAACAUCUGACCACUUCUGUCCUCUAGCUCUAGACUAGCCAAUCUUUCUGGAGAAGGACAGGUCAGUCAGGAUGGGUGCCACUAUGUCCAGUCCUGCUCCACCCACAGUGAAGGCCGAAGCUAUGAUGGCCUCACCCCCUCCUGCGUUUGGUGUUGGCGUGGCCCCACCACAGGGCUGUCCUAUGCACCAGGCACAGGAACCAGUCAAAGGUAGGCUCCAUCCCUGCUUCAUCACCAGGACCAAUAGCUCGCCGGUCUAUAUCGUUUUUUAUUGAGUUUUUCAUGAACUUUGCUUACUAUUUGUACUAUUGUUAGUAAGGUAAAUCAAUUUGAAUUCAAACACAUUUUGACAGCACCUCUUGAUUUGAACGAAAACUUCCAUAUAUAUUUGCCCAUUGUAGAAGUGCCCAGAGGUUACUUUUUGGACCUGAAUGCCAAAACCUUCAAGAGAUAAGGUGCUCAAAGUAUAUAGUGUACAAUUUGUAUUCUGUGUAGUGAUUGAUGUGUUGGUUGAUCAGAGUUCUAUACUAAACACCUUCUCAGAACUGAUUUAAGAGACUUUGUUCUACAGGCCUUUAUCUGUAACAUCCAACAGCAUUUGCCUUAGAGAUUGGGAGAGAGAGAUCGAUGCAUUUCCAAGAAAUCUACCGGAUGAAAGAAAACCAUGUUGGAAAUAAUGUAGUGGUUGAUCGUGAUGAUUAUUGUACAAUCACAGACUAAUAAUGAUCGCUAACAUCUUCAGUCCAUCGUAGCUUCAUCCUUUGUUCUCUCUGUCAGUGGCUUGGUUAUGCCAUUUAGUCUAUUCUUAUGUCAUAUACAUGUGUAAGUCGCUCUGGAUAAGAGAGUCUGCUAAAUGAUGUAAAUAUAAAUGUAAAUCUUUCUUGUGUCUGACAGGUUGUGCUAACAAUUUCCCUCUCUGAGGACUAUACAUCCUCUAUCUAUCGUGUGGAGCUUUUCUCUUUGGGGAAGGUGUUAUUCCCGACCUUGUGACCUACUUGACUAGGAAAAACUCCUGUCCCUAUUCCCUGGAUCUGUGUUCUAACUUUGGUUUUGCCAUCAAUGCCCUCAGCAGUUGCCCCUCCAUCAGAGUGCCCCAUGCACCAGGCCACUGCUGCUGCCCCUACAGAAGAGAAGCUUGCUGCUGCAGCAGGGCCAGUGCACCAGGACCGGGCAUAUGAGUUUGUGGAGUGUCCUAUGAAGGCAGCAGCAGCUGGACAGGGCCAGACUGACAUUGACCCCGCUAACAUGGUCAGUAUGAUGAUUUAGCAUGCAAAUCCCUGUUAACUGUUCACUGCUGCUACCUGUGGAACUGUAGAGCAGGGGUACUCAACUUCUAUUUCAGAAUGUACGGUCAGGCAAAUUUCCAAGGUGGCAAAGGUCCGGAUGGAUAUAGUCAUUUAUCGGAAGUAGUAACAAACCCCCACCUCAUAACCCCAAAUGGUUCAAAAUGCUACACCCCUCUUGUUGGCGCUACGUGCUUCAGCACUUGGCGGUCCCGUUCUGUGAGCUUGUGUGGCCUACCACUUCGCUGCUGAGCUGUUGUUGUUCCUAGACAUUUCCACUUCACAAUAACAUCACUUACAGUUGACCGGGGCAGCUCUAUCAGGGCAGAAAUUUGACGAACUGACUUGUUGGAAAGGUGCCAUCCUAUGAUUGUGCCACGUUGAAAUCUCUGAGCUCUUCAGUAUGGGCCAUUCUACUGCCAAUGUUUGUCUAUAGAGAUUGCAUGACUGUGUGUGCGAUUUUGUACACCUGUCAGCAACGGAUGUGGCUGAAAUAGCCGAAUCCACUAAUUUGAAGGGGUGUCCACAUACUUUUGAAGUGUAGCUCUCUAAGAGGAAAACUGCCAUUCACUACCAAAUUUAUAAAUUGCACCUUAUGCAUGCUACUAUUACAACUCUCAACAGCAGUAAGUUGAAAGCCCAACUGAGUUGAAUUACAUUUUUUGGUCUGGACCCACAGUCACCCCGUUCUGGGGCACUAUUCCUGUUGAGUAUGGCUGCUGUAGAUCAUAUGAUUAUGGUUUUCCCUCACCAUGAUUUCAGCUGAUUUGCUUGGUUGGUAGGUGCUCAAUAAGAGUAUUGAAGGGAAAGGCUUGAUGUGGGGAAAGUCACUAAGUUGAUAAAGAGACAAAGGUUAAACAUGUUGGCUAACGUUAUUGUCAUCCUGUUCUGUCCAGAUGCCUCCACCCAACCAGCUCCCUGCCCCAGACCAGCCCUUCCCUCUGCCAGUGAACAGAGAGGAGUCUAAGAUCCCCCGGGCCGGAACAGGCAAGAACUGGGUCUAUCCCUCGGAGCAGAUGUUCUGGAACGCCAUGCUCAGGAAGGGGUAAGGAUACCCUAACUUUUGCUACAAUAAUGUAGUUUUACAAAGGAUACAAUUGAACAGAUCUUGUUUCCUGAAAAUGGUGGAAUAGUAAGCUGUAAAAUAUACCCUUGGCUAUCGAAGUGCUGUGUCUUGACUAUCUGCGAACACAAAUUGUAAUUGUGAAGUGUUUUGGUGUCAGACUUUUUAUUUAGUUUUAUUUAGUAGACAUGCAAAUACUUGUUAUACAAAACACUGCUUUCCAGAAGCAGGAGGCGACACUGUACAGCACUGUCCUUUAGUGCUGAGCGGUUAGUGCUUUUUAAAGUUGUUUCGGUUCAAUUAUAAAAAAAUAUCAUCACAGAUUUCGGUUUCGAUUAUUAUUUUUUAAUAUUAAAUGCACUAUGCAUUAUGUGGGUUGAAUGCUGUAACAACACAGAAUAAAACAAAUAAUAAAAGACCCAUGAUGGUAGCCCAUUAUUAUUUAUAACUUAUUAACCAUAAUUUAUUCAUAUGACUUUACUUUAAUAAAUAUUUCAGUUGUUGUGUAUAUUCCAUUUGAUGUCUGUCAUUUAAUCCAACUCAUCAUAUCUCUAUAGAGCUGCUGCCUAUGCUGUGACAAAAACACGUUUGUAGUUCUUCAAAGUAAAUAAGGCAUACUUUUAUGACUGCUGAAUACCAACUAUCAAUCACUUAGAUUAUGUAUUUUCAGGUAGAGAUACCUCGCGAAGCAACAGCUGCUCUCUAUAUCACCUCACGAUUGCACAUUCUUCUCUCUUCCAUAGCAGGUGUAAAAGAAACACAGACCAGACAAGUAGAUGCGCAAUGGAUUAUGGUCAUUGUAGUUAAUUACCACGUUUUAUUCACUAAACUAUGUCGAAUAUUGGCCUGUUGGAAACUACAACUCCCUACUACAUCGCACAGUUCAGGCUGGAUCUGAUUUGUCUCUAGAGAAACUGUGAUGUGCGCAUUGAGCUCACAGGGAAAAAAACUAAUGAGUUUAAAAACCGAAAAAUAACCGACAUUUUGGUUAAUCACUACUGUCCUAAAAGAUGCACUAUGCAGAAAUCGCACCAUUUCAUUUCCUGGUUGCUAAAAUUCUAAUAGUUUGCAUCAUUUCAGUUUGUGACAAAACAAGCAAGUAUGGUGUAGAGAAUCAUUGUACCAUCUAAACUGCUGUGAAAUAUAUUUUCCAUAACCAAAAUUAUUGUAUUUUCGGCUUUUUGAAGCUGGUGUAUAAAACAGAAAGUAAAAGACACAAAAACUAAACCUGAGUACGGGAAACAUAGAAAUAGCGCACAUCGAACAGAUAUACCGCUUCUUAGACUUGCUUUCAAUGAGAAUGACAGAUCUAUAACUCACAUUUCUAUGUGAAUUUGGUUGGUCACCCAAAACAUUACAUAUUGCAGCAUUAAAACAGCAGAAAGGUUAUAUUUCUCACCAGCAAUGUUUACCUCUUCACCACCAGGUGGCGCUGGAAGGAAGAUGAACUGGGUCAGCAGGACAUGUCCAACAUCAUCAAGAUCCACAACACCAACAACGAGCAAGCAUGGCAGGAGAUUCUUAAGUGGGAGGCCCUCCAUGCCGGGUGAGUAGAAAAAGAGACAAAAUGGUUUCAGAGCCAGUAUAUCAAGUAGUUUAGUUAAUCAUGGAUUUAGUUAUUCAUAGUUAGUCAUAGUUAAUAAUACUUAAGCUAAUCAUGUAUUACAUCCUUUUAGAAGACUUCCAGACUGACAUAUCAAUAACCCACCUGACCCCCAGAUCUAGCACCCCUUUUACUUUGUUGUAAAAAAAUCCACCUGUUCCCCACUGACAUGUUACUUGUUAGGGAAUGUCCAUGCGGUCCGUCCCUGAAACGGUUUGGUGGCAAAGCUAAGGAGUUCUCCCCAAGGGCUCGAAUGCGUCACUGGAUGGGGUGAGAGUUUUCUACUUUAAAAUGUUUGUGUGCUUUGAAGGUGGAGGUGCCUUGAUAUGCUUACACAGUUCAUUUCACAGUAUAAUGUAUGAAGUAAAUUUUUUCCAAUCUGUCUACAGAUAUGAAUUGCCAUUUGACCGUCAUGACUGGAUCGUGGACCGCUGUGGGAAGGAAGUCCGCUACGUGAUCGACUACUACGACGGAGAGAUCAACAAGGACACCUAUGAAUUCUCCAUCCUGGAUGUCCGCCCAGCUUUUGACUCUAUAGAUGCAGUCUGGGACAGGAUGAAGGUGGCUUGGUGGCGCUGGACCUCGUAAGCAGCAAACAAGCAAAACAUUGUAAAACAAGGUUUUCCAUUCUUCAUUUCGAUACUGAGAUGUUAUAAAAACGACAUCAACCAAGAAGACCCAUUCAAAACUGUCUGCAGUAAAUGCGUCAACACAUGACUGUAAUAUACCAGAUUUUCCAUCAUCAUAAUCAUAUUGAUUUCACAUUUGAUUUCACAGUUUGAUGUGUUUGAGGUGCUAACUGUGGGAUUUCCC